AUGGGCGUGUUCUACGUGGCUUAUUUUCUGAAAGUGAGGAAAGUGGCAAGAGGACAGAAGUCGAAGGCGUCGGCCGCGAUAAUCGUUCAAUGCAUCAUCAUUUGUUUCUUCAAUACAGUAUGCGCUCUUGUCUAUAAUUCUUUCACUCUGAUCACUCCUGACCCAUGGAUUUUGCUGAUGGGUCAAAUCUGCUGGUCUGUGAAUCAUGGAUGCCCUGCACUUAUCUAUAUCACUAUGAAUCACACUAUUCGGAAGGAGUUUAGAAAACUCAUUUGCAGACGAAAGACGACGAUCGACACAACAAUGGAUGUCGAUCUGAAAUGGCUCGUAGGUGAUAAAAAUGACUUUGAUUGGACGCUGGGCAUUUGUAUUCUCGGUUUUCUAAGUGUUAUCGCCGUCUGUGUCGUGUCCUUUUUUAUCACACGCAAGUGUGGAUGUCAAGAUCGAACUGCAGCGGAUAGGAGGCGAAGGGAGAGGAAUCGAAAUCGUGAAGGAAACGAUGAGGAAAACCCGGAAAACAUACGAAUGAUCGAGCAUCGGCAGUUUGUACAUUCACAGCAAGAUCCUAAUACGUGGGCACGCCCUGCCGUUGGACCUGAUGCAGUUCUUUGA